AGAUCGAGACUAUGUCAUAUCAUAUUAUAUUAUAUAUUUGUUUAAGCAGCAUGUAAUCUAAGACAAGAUCAGAUAUAAAAAUGGUAGUGAGAUCUUUGUUAUUAAUUGUGAGUCUGCUCUUGAAUUAUUGAGCCACUAAUGAAAAGUUUUGGCAGUCAGUCUGUAUUAUAGUUGGGUUGAUCAGGGUGGCAGAAGCAUCAAUCCCCAAUGGUGCAGGCAAAUCGAAUCCGGGCUUGAGCAUGGGAUCCUGGGCUUUUGCUGCUGAGAAUCUUCUGCAAUCCAUGGGGGGGAAAUAGUGAGCUUUUAGUGGAAUUCAUGAAUGUUUCAGUCCUGUGCUUAAGUCAGGUUGAUCCCCUGUAGCUGAUAUGGAGUGUUUGCAGUAGUUUUGGAGUGUUGGCAGUAGUUUUGGCUUUGAGUUUCUGGCUAUGGAGGAGUUGGGUGUGUUCAGAUUGGGCACACUAUUUGAAUGAGAAGAAAAAAUGGAGUACUGAAGGUGGAGGAGAUUGAUCAGAUUGUUUGGAGCUUAUCAGAAGCUUUAAACAUGGUGUUUUCAGUUGCAUAUUCAGGACUACUUACAGUGGUGUUUUUGUUUUUCUGUGCUUGUGGUACUGAUCUGUAUGAAGAUGGGAAGGUGCUACUGAGGCUCAGAUCCAAUCUGGAUGACCCUCUGGGCCACCUCCAUGACUGGAGACCAGAUGUAUUGGAGAGAUAUUGUAGCUGGUCUGGAGUGAGCUGCAAUGAUGAGGGAAGAGUUUCAGAACUUGAUCUUUCAAGGAUGAAUCUCACUGGAAAUGUGCCUGAAGAUAUUCAGAUGCUGAGAAGACUUAAAAGCUUGAAGCUGGCCUCCAAUGGCUUCACUGGUCCACUGCCUGGAUCUAUAGCCAAUCUCACUGAAUUGAUUGUUUUGGACAUUAGUAGGAAUUUCUUUAAUGGAAGCUUUCCCAGUGGAUUGUCCAAAGCAAAGGCUCUGGUGAACAUUUCUGCAUACAGCAAUAACUUCACUGGGUCAUUGCCUGAGGAUAUUGGUAUGCUGUCUGAGUUGGUGCAUCUGGACUUCAGAGGAAGCUUUUUUGAUGGGACCAUUCCAUCUUCAUAUGGGAGCCUGCCCAAGCUCAAAUUUUUAGGACUCUCUGGGAAUAAUAUUGGAGGUUAUAUUCCUCCAGAGCUAGGGAAGUUGUCAAUGCUGGAGAACCUUAUAUUGGCGUAUAAUAAGUUUGAGGGGGGAAUUCCUGCAGAGCUUGGGAAUCUGAGCAGAUUGGAGUAUUUAGAUCUUGCCUUUUCUAAUAUUUCUGGGAUCAUCCCACCAGAGUUAGGCAAGUUAAGGAAGUUGCAUACCUUAUUUUUUUUCAAGAAUAGGCUAAGUGGAACUAUCCCUAGAGAAAUUGGAAACAUGAGUUCCCUAAAGUCUUUAGAUCUCUCAGACAAUUUCCUCUCAGGGAGCCUUCCUUAUGAAAUAGGUAAGCUCAAGGGCUUAACACUUCUGAGUCUUAUGCUAAAUAGUUUCAGUGGUAGAAUUCCAGAAAGUAUGUGUGAGCUUCCUGAACUGGAGACUCUGGAAAUCUGGAACAACUCCUUUACAGGGAUACUUCCACAGGAGCUUGGCAGGAACUCAUCUCUGCAGUGGUUAGAUGUCUCUUCUAAUUCCUUCACUGGUACACUACCUCCCCAUUUAUGUGGAGGAGGCAAUCUAGUCAGAUUGAUUAUGUUCAACAAUGGUUUCUCAGGACCUAUUCCUAAGAGUUUGGCUAACUGCCCCUCUCUGUGGAGAGUAAGAAUGCACAAUAACCAGCUCUCUGGGGCUAUCCCUGCAGGAUUUGGAUUGCUGCCUAAUCUCACAAGGCUUGAAUUGGCCAGAAACAGGCUGAAUGGCAGCAUCCCACCUGAUCUAAGCCAAGCCUCCAAACUGUCUUUUGUGGAUCUUUCCUACAAUGAGAUUCAGGAUGGUCUGUCAUCUGAUAUGUGGAAGCAAAUGACAAUUCUGCAGAGCUUUUAUGCUUCCAACAACAAGUUAGUUGGUAGAAUUCCUACUGAUUUUGGAGAAUGCCCAAGCUUGUCAGUGCUUGACUUGUCUAAGAAUUAUCUUUCAGGUACAAUUCCCAGUAGCCUUAAGAUGUGCAACAGGCUUCUAAGGCUAGAUUUGAGACAAAAUGAAUUGAGUGGACUCAUCCCUCCAGAGCUUGCCUCACUGCCCGUUUUAGCCAUGCUAGACCUCUCUGAAAACUCUCUAUCCGGCAUGAUAUCCCCUGCAUUUGGUAAUUCCACAGCCCUGGAGAUCUUCAAUGUGUCCCACAAUGAUCUUUCUGGCCCACUCCCAAGGGAAGGAAUAUUCAAGUCUCUGAAUCCAGAUGCUUUAGCAGGGAAUCCAGGACUGUGUGGGGGAGUUUUGCCCAAUCCUUGUUUCAUUACUGACAACAUGAGUGGGCAAUCACCCAAUGUACCUAAGAAGGGACCUACAUCACUGGUCCUGAUAGUUGGAAUCAUAUUUGCAGUUUCUCUGGCAAUUUUACUUGUAGGGGUGCAUUUGUUUUACAGGAAAUUUCAAGAUGGGGUUCUUUGCAGGAAUAUCAGAUUCAAGGACAACAUCUAUCUCAGUGAUGAAUGGCCAUGGCGGCUGACUGCAUUUCAGAGACUAAGUUUCACAAGCACAGACAUACUGGCCUGCAUAAAGGAAAGCAACAUCAUAGGAAUAGGUGGAACAGGAACCGUUUACAAGGCAGAGAUGCCCAGCGGUGAGAUCGUUGCAGUGAAAAAGCUUUGGAGAAGCCAUGAACAUGCCAAAGAUUACAAAGACCCAAGCUUCCAUGCAGAGGCAGAUGUCUUGGGAACGUUGAGACAUAGAAAUAUAGUGAGAUUGUUGGCCUACUGUUACAACAAUGUAAACCCAAUGCUCAUCUACGAGUACAUGCCAAAUGGUAGCCUGGCAGAAGCCUUGCACGGAAAGGAAGCCUCACAAAACAACAUGUUGGCAGAUUGGGUUACAAGAUAUAAUAUUGCUGUGGGGAUCGCCCAGGGAUUAUGCUAUCUUCACCAUGAUUGUUUUCCCUUGGUUGUACACAGAGAUGUCAAAUCAAACAAUAUUCUCCUUGACUCCAAUCUUAAUGCCCGCCUUGCUGACUUUGGAGUGGCAAAGCUCGUCGAGAACAAUGAACCAAUGUCAACUGUUACUGGCUCCUACGGUUACAUUGCUCCAGAAUAUGCAUACACAUUGAAGGUAGAUGAGAAGAGUGAUAUAUACAGUUUUGGGGUGGUCUUAAUGGAGCUUCUGACAGGCAAGAGGCCAAUUGAGCCUCUUGAAUUUGGAGAGGGAAUGAACAUUGUAGAGUGGGUGAGAUCCAAACAUGGAGUUAAGGAUGGUAUGGAACAGGCCUUAGAUCCCAAUGUUGCAGGCUCCUCCAAUUCUGUAAAAGAGGAGAUGAUUUUAGUGCUGAGGAUUGCUUUGUUGUGCACCAGCAGCAUCCCAAGGGACAGGCCUUCCAUGAGAGAUGUGGUCACCAUGUUGGGUGAAGCCAUGCCCAGAAGGAAAAGCAGUGGAAAUACUAAAGAUGCUCACCAGUUUCAUCACCAUGAAUGCAGUCUGCAAAUAAUGCAAUCAACUUAAAUGCUGGUAAUAGAGAUGAUCACCACCAAUGGAGAAAGUGAAUCAGGCCAUAUAUUAUAAGAUGAAAGCCCGAAGCAUUACAUCAUCAACCCACUGUAGUAUCUCCAUCUCCCAUAUAUUUUUUAGUUUGUAACAGUACCCUACUUUGAAGAUAACAGCUGUAAGAAUGUAUUCUGUUAGUUGGGAGCUUGUUUUGCCAUGUAUAUUUGUAUUACUCAAUGUGCAUUGGUACAUGCGAGGAUUUAUUGUAUUCUACUGACCAUCACAUGGACAGUCUGAUGGUUGUUUUAAUGUCAAAUAGCCGAGGCUAUAUUAUA